AUGCUCUACAGUAAAGCUCGAGGCCGAUCUUGUCGUCAAGAUAAAGGAUCUCCAACAACAGUUGAACAUCAUUUUAGAGUUGAUAUAUUUACUGCUGCAAUAGACUUUCAAUUACAAGAAUUAAAAAGUAGAUUUGGUGAGCAAGCCGUAGAAUUCCUCACUCUUAGUGUUGCUUUAAGUCCUAAAGAUGUAUACAAAUCAUUUGAGAUUGAUGAUAUAUGCAAAUUAGCUGAGAAGUUUUAUCCUAAAGAUUUCAACGUGCAAGAAAGAUUCUGUUUGAAGUUUCAAUUGGAGCAUUAUAAGCUUGAUAUGCCAAAGCAUUCAGAUUUUCAAAAUAUGUCUACAUUAUCUGAGUUAUGCAUAGGAUUGGCAAAUUCAGGAAAGUCAAAGAUCUAUCAUUUGAUUGACAAGUUGAUUCAUCUAGUGUUAACUCUCCAUGUUUCUACUGCGACUACAGAAUGA